GCGUCAGUUUGUUUCGCGUGCGAAAAUAGGCUUUUCCUCCCCUCGUGUGCAGAGCAAAAAACGAUGGGAGCGACGUUGUCAUAAAUACCCGGCUUCUCAAGGUGAAUCACAAGAUGCUUUGUUUGGAUCAACGGAUACGGCUCCCAUGGCACCAGGCAAAGCGGAGCUAAACGGCUCUCAGUCACUGCUGAAGCCUAAUGAACGUGCUCUCGUAGAGCUAGCCUCCGAUAUCCCCGGGGAUGACCCGCCUUUAAGGGAGAAGGAGCUGGAGAUUUUGAGCCUCUACGAUCGGAUCUAUGACCAGCAGCUUGAAGAAGCUCUUUUCUUGCAAGAUCCUGUGGAUGUCUCUCUGGUGGAAGAUGUCGAUGCAGAAUUGGUCAAAGCAGAGCGGGAGCUGCUAGAAGCCAGAGCGGCCUAUUCUGUACGAAGGAAAGCUAUCGAAUCUGUUUUAAUGACAGAGCCAAGUGUUCAGUCUAUCUACUCUGCGCAUGCUUCUCCGACUGAAAGAGUCUUGCUUCCGCUUAUCAACCGGCGGGAUGUUCUCUCACUGGUAUACGAAAACCUGGCUGGUGUCAAUAACUCGUGCGUGGAGAAUCUCUCCAACGCGGAGGUGAGCAAUAUCCGGGCAGUGAAGGACAAUCGUGACUUGGUCAGGUCGCUCCUUGAGCUUACAGACGGCAACGCUGAGGAGGAAGAGAUCAAGGAUCUGAAGUCGAAAGAAGAACUCGAGACCCUAAAGAGAGAAAACAAGAAUAGAAGGGACGAGUAUAUGACGAUGAAGAGAAUCGUAAGCGCUGUUAUAGUUGCGAGUGGACUUGACUGGGCAAGCGACGAGAAACUCUUAACACUGGUCGUGGAGGAUGAGUCGGCGGACGAGUUGUAAGAACUUACAGCUCUUCCGCUUAAAUAACUAUGCGGCGAACCAAGGAUCGCCUGCAAAGAUUUAAGAUGUAUGGAGUAUGUAAUCGGUCCAACAGGGCUUUUAACAGGCCAGCGUGGGAUAAAGGCCUGGCAGCUCGCAAGUCGCGCGCUCGCUCGUGUCGUUCCAUCUACGAUCGAUUUUCUAGGCUGUGAUAUACAUAUAUCAUGUACGGUGAAGUCAUGUCAUGUAGGAGUGAGUAGCGGACAGAUAU